GACACAGUAAGCUAAAUAAACGAAUGGGAAACUUGCUAAAAAUGUUUUUCAUCGAGUUUCUCAAAGGUUUUCUAAAGAAGAGUAAUUGUAAUGUUGCGGUUAAAAUGCCACUAAAGUUUUAAAAGCAUUAUAUGCAGCUGAAACCAGGACAAUGUGGCAGGACAUCAAAGGGCAUCAGUGAUCAAAGAGAUGGAGAUGUUACUGGAUUCUGAUCUGACUGGCUAGUGGUGGCUACAUGGAAAUAAGCGAGAAUGGACAGCCAAGCUAGCACAGCCCAAAGCCCAUCUUUUUCACGAAUGUGGUCACUUCCUGAUGUAUAAACUUCAACUCUGGCCCAGCUGGAGAAGGCCUGUUGCCAGAACCCGGACCUCAUCCAACGCAGUGAAAUGGGAGCGAACUUCAACUGUAGAAAUUACAGGUUCAUCACAGAAGAUAUGGUAUGGGGCAGCCAGCACAAACAGACUGCCACAUUGCAUCAUGGUGGUCAGGUCAUAGAAGACGAUGACAUGUUGAAAAAGAUCUGCAAAUUACUGACAAUCAAAGACGGUGAUUUGCAGAUCUCUCUCACUGAGUGGUAUGACAACCACUCAGUGAGAGAAUUAACCCCGAACGAUGGCACCCAGCCCUAUGCUCUGCCCCUUCUUUGCCUCUCAUUAUAUGGACCGCACUGCACAUAACAUGGGAUAGGGUUACACUUUCUGAACGGGGCGGUCUGAGCCAUGUGAAACCGAGCUCCUUCUUUCUCGUCCUCCACCUCUGACUUCUCAUUGGUCGACACGCAGAGGGUGUGGGCGGGGCUAACCACAACAUCUAACCUCCUCUGUCAGUUUUGUUGGACAGACGGCGGGUUCCCAAGCCCCUCCCAAGUCUGGACUCCCCUUUACACACAUGAGCUUCUGUUAUGGCAAGGCAACACUGGCAUUUACCUUAAGGAGACAAGCAGACAAACUGAACUGGACUGAAAACAGCUAUUCUAAUAGGAAAAAACUGCACAUACUAUGCCCCAAGAUUCUAGAAGAUAUUUGGCAAAGCUGACACAAUGAUGGAGGGGCAAAACGGACAUGUUUUCACUCAUAAAACCAAUGGAUUUAAAGGGAAGCCCCCAUACUCAGUGGAGACCCCGUACGGCUUCCAGCUGGAUUUAGACUUCCUCAAAUAUGUGGACGACAUCGAGAAAGGCAACACCAUCAAACGUGUCCCCAUCCAUCGCAGGAGUAAGGUUCCCCGGGCCAGCACUCUUCCUCGCCACCUCCACCUGUCCUCCUCUGGUUCCCGCCCAAGCCCCUGGGGGUCCACUGGGGCACUAGGGCCAAGGUCACAAUGCCUGUCGGGUACUCACCAUGGAUACUCCUGGUCACAUGACACCAAGGCACCCCUUUCACUGGCCGGUUUCAAAUCUCAGGCUGAAAUGGAAGCUAGGAUAAAGGAAUUUGACGAGCAGCCGCUAGGGGAACAUAUUAGGCCACAUCUUCUCAGAGCUUCCAGCCUGCCCUUGACUGUUUUAUUAAGGCAAACUUCAGAAUCUACAGAGGAUGCAAGUAGCCUGAGGAGUUCAAGGGAUUGUCUCGGAGGGAAAAACACCUCCUGUGAAGACUUAUUUGACUCCCAUCCCAACUCUGGACUGAUAAAGCGUCUUUCUGAAGCAUUAGAACGUGUUGCAGAGCUUGAGAUGGAAGUGAGGGUUAUUCCAGAGUUGCAAGCUCAAAUUUGCAGACUCCAAGAUGAGCGUGAAAGAUUACGCCUGGCUCUUAGUUCAAACGUCCAACCACAAUCGUUAAAUGGAUGUUACACUUCAUGCCACUACAAUACUAUCGAUGUCAAAAGGCCCAGGCAUGAUAGCCAUAUUAGCAAUAGGCUCAACAACUUGGACUCAAAUCUUUCGCAUGAGUGGAGAAGUAGCACAGAUCUGGAUGAGCUUCUAACAGUGACAUCUCUCCAGGCCAAAGUAGCAGCGCUGGAGCAGAAACUUCACGAGAGUGGGCUGGAGUUGAAAAGAGUGACAGAGAUCCUAAAUGAACAGCAAAACGAAAGUAGGAAGAAAGAUGACAAGAUUGAUGAGCUCAUUUGUAAUCCUGGAGUGUGGGUGAAAGCGGAGAGAGUGAUGGUGGAGCAAGAGGGAGAGGAGACCACAGUAAAGAGUGUAGAAACAGGAAGGCCAAAGUUUGACUUGGCUAAAGGGGAGCUUAAAGAGGCAGCAGAGGGUAAGAUGAGCACAGCGGAAGUGGUCCAUCACAUAAAGCAGAUCAGACUUCUCCUAGAUCAGCAAUGGGACUGUCUUUGUGCAGAACAAGGAGCAGAACACAUAGACCCUAAAGUCAGGUGUCUUCAAAAGGAGAUGAUGGGCCUGGUGGAUCUACUUUCAUCCUCCUACAACCAACAGAAAAAAACACACGAGGAGGAGCUUUCAGAUGCCUUCCAAUAUGACGCAAAGAAAAACAGAGAUGGCCAGUUAAAAGACCCGGAUGAAAUGCACCACUCCACCGCAAGUGAAAACCAGAACAACAUAGAGCCAACAAAAUGCCCCAGAGAGAAAAUGGCGACCGCCCAGGUGCAUGAUGGUCCAGCGGAGAGGGGCACAAGUCCAAACAGACACAUGGGAUCUGGAGGGACAGAUGGAAACACAGUGUCUGCAGAGGCUCCAGGGAAAACAGUAAAGAUGAGAGCGCCCCCUGGAGAGCAUAUGGAGAGGGACCCUGGCUCUCAUACUAGUGUUGUGGGCAGUGAGGUGGUUAAAGAAGAAUUUAUUGCAGCCUGUCAGUUUCUUAAAGAUCACAUGAAGAAUAUGGAUAAUCCCAACGAUGACAUGAGGAAAGCUUUGGUGGUCCUCUUUCAGAGCUGGUUUGGUGCAUCAGCAGAGGAGGGGUCCAAAGCCAGUGAAGUCGCUGCUCAUGUCAGAGAAGUGAAGAGAAACGCACCAUCACUAAUGGCCUUCCUCAUCAACCUGGCAGACGACAAUGGAAACACUGUGUUACAUUACAGUGUCUCUCAUUGUAACUACAGCAUUGUCAGCGUGCUACUGGACACUGGCGUGGCCGAUGUGAACCUUCAGAACAACGCUGGAUACACAGCCAUGAUGCUGGCCUCUCUCACUGCCCCCGAUGGCCCUAGUGGCAUGGAAGUGGUCCGGAGACUGAUGGAACUGGGCAAUGCCAACAUUAAGUCCAGCCAAACAGGCCAGACAGCUCUGCACUUAGCAGUGAGACAUGGGCGAGUUGUGAUGGUGCGCCUGCUGCUGAGCUGUGGGGCAGACGCAAACAUCCAGGACAAAGAGGGGACCACGGCACUGAUGUUCGCCUCCGAGAGGGGCCACACGCACAUCGCCAGGCUGCUGUUAGAGCGCAGCCAGUGUGACCUCAACCUGGCAGACAAGCACGGUCGCACUGCUCUGUCUAUCGCCACACAGGGGUCCCACAGUGAUACAGCGGCUCUGCUGAAAGCCCACGCUAAAGCCAGAGCGCUUUAAAUGUAUAGAAACGUGUGGUGUGUUGUUCUUGUUGUACAUACAUCCACUGACCUUGAAAAUGUCAGUGAGGAAACUAUAAGCUGCACUGUUCCUUCAUUGUUCUGAUAUGUCCAUAUUCUGUCAACAUAACGCUCUUUGUAUAUACUGUAUAUAGUUGCCCACCUAAGUACCUAUAUAUGUAUUUGAGAAGAAAAAACGGCAAUAAAGCUAUGGAAAAUAAAAAAUAUUUAUUGGUAUACCCUGUCAGUGUAUUGGGUUGUGAUGACUUUGUUUGAUAGUCAUAGUGUAUAUAAUGACAGUAAACUUAAAUUUUCCUUAUGGGGCAAAUGAAUAAUUGUAUUAAAAAAUGGAAAAUUGUCUAUAUUGCACACUGCAGCUCUGCACUUUUGUAUGUUUAUAUAAGAAAAUUAUGAGCAUUGUAUUCUAUUUUUGCAUG